UGGGGGCAACCCUUCCAAGACCCUGAAGUAGGAACGCCAACGCGAAACAGGAAAGUGGAGAGGACGUAUGCCGCUCUAGGCGAUCUGUCUCUAUGGCGAAAUGGCGUCGGAGGUUCUGUUCACUGUCGCCGACUGACGUCAUUGGCCAGGGACACGCGUGAGCUUCACACGUGGAGAGGGGAUAUUGUAGGGAGCCCUGAGAAGGCCGGGUGGUCUUUGAGAUGCAACCAGACGAGGGCCAAGGGAGUACCGAGAAUGAGCAGGCUGCUGCGAGACUUCUGUCGCCUGGGAACGGAGAAGGGGCUACUGCCUUGGUGGCAACUGGACCUGGAAAAUUUCAGAAGGGUACUGUGGGAAAGAAGCGAAAGGAGGUCACCGCGAUCAUCCCUAAAGGGAAGCCUAAAUCAGGGCGGGUGUGGAAAGACCGUAGCAAGAAGCGAUUUUCUGAUAUGAUUAAAGACAAGCCUUUGCGUUCCUCUUGGGAACGCAAGAUGAAGGAACGUCAGGAGAAGAAAGCAGUCAAAGAUUUUGCCCGGCAUCUGAAGGAAGAAAAAUUGAGAGAGCGUGAGGAGAAAAAACAGCGACGAGAAGAGAACUUAAGACGACGGCUGGAGAAUGAGAGGAAAGCAGAAAUUGUGCAAGUGAUUCGGAAUCCACUGAAACUGAAGCGUGCAAAAAAGAAGCAGUUGCGCCGCAUUGAGAAGCGGGAUACACUCACGCUGCUGCAGAAACGUCAGGCACAGCGAAAAACAGCCAAGGAAUGAGGGGAAGUGGUUUAUCCCUGGCACAUGAAAAAAUAACUUUCUGGGACAGAUAAGACAUGACACUGGCCCCAGUUUACCAGGGAGCUAGGAUGCACUGCUUGCUCUCUCCUGGCUUCUCUUGCAACUGAAGCUCAGAUUCUUACCAAGAAACCUACAUUUCAUCCAUGUGCCCCUUUGAUGAAGCCUCUUUCCUUUUUCUUGGCAAUGGAGUGGCAGGAUGCCACAGACUGACUUUCUGGGACCUAGUUCUAAAUAUAGUCUCUGAAUCAGAGUAAAGCCUGAUAGUGUUUGUCUGUAGACUUGCACUUUCUGACUAUGAGGUUGUAUAUGAAAGAUCCUAAACAACAUGGUUUGCAAAAGUAUCUUUCGGCACGGUAGAAUGAAUAGGGGCAGUCGGCUGGAUCUGAAGUUUCUGAAAUUAUUGCUUUAUCUGGUCUGGAAAUUCGCUAUCCGGUAAAAUGGAUGGCCUGGACUUAACUGUAGAGCUUAGUACUGAGGUGUAGUUUCCAUAGCUUUCCUCAUCUGCUCGUCGUUUGUUAUAAACAAGGAGCAUCCUAGGGGAGGAAAUCCAGUUUCUGUCUUAACCACUUUCUGUAGCUACAACAGUGAAGGUGUCACAAAAGCAAUCAAAACUACAUACUCAGCUACAUUUUUGGCAUCAGUAGCUACAAAGUUCUGAUGUCAAAAGUUCCAAUCCAGCUGGUUUCUUUGAGGACAUUUGUACAUGGUGGGUACUUUUGCAAAGAGCAGCCAACUGUAUGACACAUUCAAGGGAGGUUUAAAACGACAUCUCCAAUAGUGCUCUUUUUGCCAAAAAUGAAAUCUGGACUUCAUACACACAUCUCUCCCUUGUUUUUUUCCUGGAUUUGGGUCAGUGGUUUUAUUUGCAUGUUGUGUAACAAAAUCCUCCCCUUGACUGGUCAAAAUCAAAGAUUGCAUUCACAAAGAGACAGGCUAUUGUUGAAGAACUUGGCCAGCAGUAAGAAUUUCACUGUUAGUUAGACUCCAUUGUGUGAAUAAUGCACUAUAAUUGAACAAAAUAUCACUGUGAGACAGGAAGAAUUAUGUCUUGUGUUGAUACAGCUUACAGGUCAUAUAAGUUUUCAUGCUGAAUUGCAAGGAAAAAGAGAUAUGCAGAAUUGGUUUCUAGUGCAGAUACGGCUGUCACCAUCUUUGAAUGACGCUGGCUUAAAUCAAUCAAAAUUGAUGGGAAUGACAAAGGGCAAAUGCAUUGUCAAGGAGGGAGUUGUGACCUACAAAACAGAUGCUGCUUACAGACAGGGGCAUGAAAAAGUAGUCCUACUGGAGUAGCAGCAAGCAGGGUGGGAACAGUGUCCACACACACUCCCAUUCCUGUAUCACUUACUGCUUGUUGAGAGUAUCUAUGUUUGGAAGCAACUAGGGGCAGACUUCAUCAUCCUUGUCCUUUCCCAGAAUCGCAAAAGUUAACUCAAAUGCAACAUUACAGAAUAAAUUAUAAAAAACUAAAGAACUUUUAAGAAUUGUACAGGCUAUAGAACUCUGCUCUUUUUUUGUUUACUUUUGGCACAAAAUUUGAAUUGCCUGGAUGCAGAAUUAAACAAAAUUAUAGAAUACA